AUGACUGACGUCAAUACCGGUAGAACGGGGAUCAACCCCUAUCGAUCCGCCGACGUGGAGCAUGGAGCCAAAUCCCUGGCGAUGGUAUUUGGGGUGGCACUGGUGCCAUUUAUCAUGGCUUUUGCCUUUUACAACUUGACGGAAAUUUGGAUUUUCCAGGUAUUGUUUGGCAUCCUUGCCGUUGCCGUGGCCGUGUAUACCUUGUACUGUUUGACACUGGCCAUCACGGCCGUAAGUCACGACAUCAAGCGCAGGAAGGAAUCAUUACUAGCACGAUGGGGUGAUCUAGAGGACAUUGGGCCAAAACUGGGCGCGGCGCUUUUUGUCAUGAUUUUUGUGCCGCUGUUGUUCAUCUUCGAGGUGCCUUGCUUUUUUAUCUAUUACUUCUUUCAGCCACUCAUCCAGAGCAAGCAAAAAUCAAGGUGA